UUCGGGCAAAGAGCAAAAGUCCCUGAGAGGGAGUUGGGGGGGGUGAGGGGCGUAAGUAGCAGCCAUGUCGGAGGGAGGCGGCACCUGCGAGACCGACAGCGAUGAGACGAUAGUGGAGGGUUCUGUCCCUGAGAGCGACGGGGACGAAGAGGAGCUGCUUGCCAGGAGAGCUAUGAUAAACUGUCCCAUCAGUGUUACAGGUUUAGAUUCUGAAGUGGCUGGAUUUCUGGAAACAGACAGAAAUCUUCCAGAGACUUUAAAUGUUGAAGUGUCUCCAGAAAUAAGCCUUCUUUCUGGUAUGGAUGCAAUAGAGGAUUCAAUUCCACAAGAUACAGAGAUGUCAGAGGUUUUUCAAAUUGUCAGUAAGGAAGAUAUGACAGAAAACCAUCCAUUUCUUGAAACAGUGCAAUCAAGUAUAAGUGUAGAUGAAACAAUGGCUGUGGAAUUUGAAGAUUUGAUGGAACCACUUGAUGAUUCUGAGACCCUCAAAAUGCUUGACAUAUUGGAAAAUCAGGAUGGUGCUAUUUCUAUGGCUAGGUCUGUAAAUAAGGAGAGCAAUGCCCUGCCUGUAGAGCUUCUCACAGCACUGAACUCCUUGUCAGAAUCUGCAGCAGCAUCUGUCUGUCAGCCAGAAGGCAAGGGAAGUUGGUUCAUCACCGCAGACAAACAACCGACACCAGACCAAACAGAUGGUGAUUGCACACAAAUCACAGCUAUAAAUAUAAAAUCUCAGCUUCAUAUAAAACACCUUGAAGAAACAGAAGCUUUAAUGGUGACCACAUUGCCAUAUCCUUCAGAGGAACAAAUUGGCUUUAGUCAGAAUAUGCACAAAUUAGUCCAUUCAGACCACCAGAAUAUUUCCUCUCGUGACAGACCAGCUGAAAAAGGAGAUUCCAUUUUAAAGGAUAGCAGUUCAUGUGAACAAACUAUCCAGGUUGCUUCAUGUACAUUAAAGAAUUCAGCACAAAAAAGGAAGAAGCUUACUCUAAAUGAUACUGAUCCUACUUCUAGUUGUCAGUUUCUGGAAGGGAUGCAUCAGAAUAUACACAGUUUUGAGGCUCAAACAAGAGACAGAUCUGACACUAAAAAUAAGGAAGAUGACUGUUCACAGAUGGGAACUGUAUUAUGCCACUUCUUGACUACAGAUACAAAUACCUGUACUAAAGUUGAGCAAGUGAGGAAAAGUCAGAGGAUUGCCAAGAAAAGAAGGAGGCAAGCCACUUGGAACAGUUCCUCUAACUCCUCGUAUAACUACAUUUCACUAUCCAAAAUCAAUAGAAGAGACAGAUUUGGUCAGACAUUAUUGCACAGAGCUGCUGUGGAAGAUGACCUAAAUGGUUUACGUGCAAUGAUAAAAGCUGGUGGAAAUGUAAAUACUCAGGAUUGUGCAGGUUGGACUCCACUGCAUGACGCCAGUCUGGCUGGAUUUUGGUGGACAACAAAUGAGCUUUUAAAAGCAGGAGCUGAUGUUAACUGUAAAGGAAGUGAAAAAAUAACACCAUUACACGAUGCAGUUAAAGGUGGUCACUAUAAGGUGGCAGAGUUACUACUUUGGUAUGGAGCUGAUCCACUGUUCAAAAAUGAGAGAGGGAAGAGUGCUUUAGAAGAAGCAACUGACAUGCCUAUGAGGAAACUACUUGCAAGUUUUAUAGCUAAAUCUAGAAGAAGGUCAGCAUCAGCUGAAAGAGUUCUAGAAGACCCAGUGAGUGACCAAAGUAGAAUUGAGAGCCAGCCUAAGGCAAAAACAUGCUCAGGUGAAAGAGUUCACCAUACAUCUAAGGAAAAUACUAAGGUACUAAAGCAACAGAGGGUAAAGUCAGAACCAAGUAAGAGAAAAAGGACUUCACAAAGAAAUUAUGCUUCCAAAAUGUGCAAUAGUUGUUCACUAGUGAACGCUACAACAUUUGAAGGUACGUGUCUGGUUUCAAAGGCAAAGCAGUCAGUUAGGGGAAGACCACCAUCUUUGGGAGCAUCAGGUGACAAAAGAAGAAUAAAUGGCCAGAGGAAGGACAUUCAGAAUGGUCCUGCAACUGAUCCUACAUUGGUCUCAAAAAGAGACGUUGGAUCUUCAGAGUAUCACCAGUAUAAUUUGAACAGAAGUUGUGAAGCUGAAGAAGACUGUAACAUAGCAAUGGGGUCAGAAAUUCAGCGAGAGAGUGACUCUAAUAAUAGUAUUGAUGACUGUCCAUCAGAAAGAAAAGAGGCUCUUAAAAGCACUGAACUGGCAGGAGCAACAAAAGAUCAAGCAACUAAUUCCCAUACUGUCACAUCACUGAAUCCUGUUGAAGAAGAAUCUGCUUUAGCUUCUGAAACUGAGGUAGUAAAUGAACCUAAUUUGGAUUCUACACACUUCUUAUGCAAAGACAUCAGUUUGCCUUUGCAGGAGGAAAGCCAGUAUGCAAUGAAACAUAAUAAAGAGUCUAAUAGUCUUAAAGUUGUUACUUUAGAGGACAACCUUCAUACUGCUGAAAAGAAGCUUGUCUGGACAGUAAGAGAGAGCAUCAUUAUUCUUGCUUCUGAGAAAAAUAGAUCACUAGACCAGUAUAUGCAUUCUGAAAACUCUGUAGAUCAGAUUAAUCUGGACAACCAUAGUUUGGGGCAUGAACUGGGUGUGAAAGAGCCUUUAUCUAUAGCUGAAUCUACCUGUUUAGAAGAAAACCCAUUUGAGUCAAAAAUCCCAACCAUCUCAAUGUUGCAAGAAAUUGAACUUCUCAGUGAUUCAGAUUGUACAGUCCUUUCUGAAGAAUGCAGUUUAAAUGUAGGCCAAAACCCAGGUGAAAACACCUCUAGAGCUGAUGGAAUCUGUAAUGAACAAGCAGUUCAUGUUUGUAUGGAGCUAUCCUCAACAAUUUCACAGAGUAUUAAUAGAGCUGGUGUUUCUGAAAGUCCCGGCACUUGCAGCGUCAGUGAGCAAAGAUUUUUAACUCCUCCUGUGCAUGAGGGCAUUAUGAUGGGAAGAGCAGAAGGAAAUGCUGGGAAAUGUUGCUUUGAGAGAACAGGAAAUGGUAGUAGGACUGAGAACAACACAGUCCUCCCUUUACAGAUGCUGGACAAAGACCCAUUCCAAGAUAAAUCACUACAAACUCAGAUCCUUGGAAAAUGUUACAGUGAGAAGAAUGAUAAAGAAAAUUCAAACAAUACUCCAGAUGUAUCUUUACAGUCAAAUGAAUUAAAAACUAUCCAAAGUAAAAGAAUGGAAUAUAUAUCCAUUGAGGAUUGUCAAAAUGCACAUUUGUGUUCUAGCAAUAGUGCAACUCCUUUACAGUUUAAUUCGACUGAGGAGCAGCAAAUCCCACAUUCAUUAGACUCUUCACAUUCUAGUGAAAAGGAGAAACAAGCUUCUAAUCAGCUGCUGUGUACCAUAAAACCAAGAAUAAACAAAGCAAAUGCCAAAGGAGAAACUUGUUUGCAUUUGGCUGCCAAAAAAGGAGAUUUGUCUUUAGUGAAAUCUUUAAUAGCAUCUGGAGCAUGUGUAAAUCAGAAAGAUAAUGCAGGCUGGACAGCAAUUCAUGAAGCUUCCAAUAAGGGCUUUACUGAGAUUAUCGAAGAGCUGCUCAAAGCUGGUGCUGAUGUGAAUUCUAAAAGCCUGGAUGGUGUUUUUCCAAUUCAUGAUGCUGUUUCAGGCAACCAUUUUGAGGCAGCACAGUGUCUACUACUUCAUGGUGCAAACCCAAAUGAGAUGGACGACUGUGGGAACAAUGCCCUGGAUGAAGCCACCUGUGACAAAAUGAAAGAACUCCUUAAAUCUUAUGGUGCUACUGAGACCAAAGAGGCUCAUCAGAUGACUGAUGUGCUUGGCGAAAAAGAGUUACACACUUCGAGGUCUAGAAAAAUCCGUAGUAGUUGCAGUGGCUGUGAAGAGGAUAACAUGGUUUCACAGCUCAAUUCAGCUAAACAGAGCUGUGACACACACGAGUCCAUCAACGAAGUAUUGCAGAAUAUAGAAGAGAAACAGGAUAGACUUUUGCUCUUUGAAUUAAGAAGCCAAAGAGAUGCAGAUCUAUAUAUCCAAGAUCUAUCUCAGAUACAGAACAUUCUGAAUGCUGUACUUGCCAAACAGAAAUCAGAAAGGGAUGAUCUUGCUAAGAAAUACAGAGCUUCUGCAGAAUCUUUUAAACAGGGAGCCCUAAGGGAACAGAUAGCAAAGCUUGUUUCCAGACAAAAAAGUCUUUUGCUCAUGGCACAGAAGCAGAAAGAACUAGGCCAGAAAAUACAAAAUUAUAAGAAUGCAAAAAAGGAGGCUUCACAUUCAGCAAAAUGUGUCCCAAGCACACAUGGCUCUUGUGAACGCAACAACACAGAAGAUGAUCCAUCUGGGAGAAGAGCACCCUCCUCUGAUAUAGCUAUAGGCCUUGAAAACAGUUGGGUCACAGACAAUAUUUAUUUAGAUCAAGAAUCCAGCCAGUAUCCAAACAUGUCUUUGAAUAUGUCAGGAGGGAAUGGAAAAGAAAAAAGGCAAAAAGGACUUGGUCCCAAAAAAACAGCAUCUAAAAACAAACCCAAGGAAUAUAACGUUGAGGAGUUAACAAAGCAAUACUCAAACGUAAGUGAGGAUUUGCAGAUGCAACCAGAAUUAGAAUCUACACACAGCUAUCUCGCUACUCAUCAGAAAAACAUCCCAAAAAACAGACACUCGCUUAAUGCUAAUUUAGAGCCUGCAGGGAUAUUUUCUCAUGCGCUAUCACAAAGCAGAAUCAGCCCAAGUUCUUCUCAAUGUUCUAACAGUCAGAAUUCUGAAAAACAAUUAAACUUCAAAGCAAGCAGAUGGAAGAAAAAUCAGCUAUUGGAUCUGCUCAAACUGGGAAAGAUUAAGUCUGGAGAUGAUGUUCUAGAAUUCACAGUACAGGAUUCCAAACAUAAAGCCAGCCUUUUGGGAAAUGGUAAAGUCAGAGCUGACAAUAACUCAGUUUACCAAAAUCUAGUUCAAUGGAUUAAAGCACUACUAGGAAGUGACAUUUCUGUAAGCUGGAAAUAUGUAUACAACAAGGUCACAUACUGUGGAACUCUGUUGUCAAAAAUUAUUGCUGAAGUUCAUGUUUCUGAGGAACCAGAGUUAACAGUGCAACAAAAUAAGCUAUUUGGGAGAAACUCUACAAGAUGCAAACACAGCCGAGGUGCUGAGUACUGCUGUUUUAGUGAUAAGGCUGCUUCCUCUCAGAAUGCAGAGAAUAUAAGGCAGGAAACUGCACCCUUUCCUCAGGAAGAAAUGGAAAUCUCUCUGUCCUCUGAAACAGAAGCUGAGGAAAUAAUGACAGCAGUCAGUGAAACAAUGGUUCCCUACCACCUUGAUUCCUCAACACCAUCCAGGAGAUUUCUACAGUUCAACAGCAGAGUGCUAAUAAAGGAUGAAGAAUUUAUGCCAGGUCAUAUAAUGGAUCAGUACUGGAACUUCUAUGUCCAUUGUGAGGGUUUUGGAUUUUAAACAAAAAAAUAGAUAAAAUGUUUUCCUUCUCUAUCUAGUAAAAUUUAAUGAGCUUGGGGAAGAGGAUUGCGUUGUGUUUUUUGAGUUUUGUUAUUGCACCAAAUCUUUGUUAGCAUCACUUUUAAAACACAAAGGGAACCUUGUUGUGUCCCAACAGAUGUAAACUGUUUGAGAGCUUUUAGUAGGAGACCAGGUGGGGGGGAAAAGAUUAUGGGUAUAGAUAAGGUUGCGAACGGCUGUGUGGUUACAGUUGCUAUGCACUUUGACCUUGAUAUGCCUCAUUAUGGAAAGGAAAAGUCUGAUGUGGAUGAGAUGGCUGAAAUAAAAAAAAUGGUCAGGAUGGCACCUGUUAUUACUGAAGCACAGACUGACAGAAAAUUAAGAGCAUUUCAGGUGAAACAGGUGGUGAGUUGUGGCCUGAGCUCCAGCCUCUGGGUCACCAAUGAAAGUUUAGUCUGGUUAUCUUAGGCAAGGUUGAAUCAAAUUGUCAGCAUCUGCCAAUUUUGAUAUGUCAGCCCUAAUUAAAGGACAGGGAAUAAAUGAUUAUCUCUAAAGAGUCCUACACUGUUGUUGUUUUUCAAUGGAAGACUCUUUCAGACUCAGAAUCUAAUUCUAAGAAAGCAAACCUUACAAUACGGGCCUGAAAAUUGUGCUCACCUCUGUUUAUACACACCCACACAGCCAAUAAAGGAUAAUUGGUUUCAGUUACUUUUGUGGCUAAUGUUUGCUGUUAGUGAAAGUUUUUGUAAUGCAACCUGAAAUCUCAUUUUCCCUCAAACUUCCAUUUGUAGCAGGAUGAAGCUGUCUUAUUUACAUUUCCUAUCAUGGAGCCAUAUUUAGCUCUUUUAUAAGGGGACAAAUCUUAAACAGCUUUCAAUGGAGCUCCACAACUAAGUUACAACAUUUUGAACCUCCAUUUGAAUCCCAUCUGUGUGAACACACCAUACAGUGAAGAUUUAGAGAGCUUUCUUUUUCUUUUAAUUUAAAGGAAGUAAUUCCUUUGGGAAUUUUUCACAUGGAGCUGGUCCCAGUGUAAAGCUAUUCAUGGUAUUGUGCGGUCUCUCUCCCCUUCCAUGUCUUACAGAAAGUUGCUAGGAUUAGCUGUGAUUAGUGUUGGUGACACGUAACAUAGCUGUGGUUAAGGGCUGUUGGAGAAUUAGUAUGAGAGCAGGGGAGGCUUUAGAGAAGAAAGUGUUUCACAACCUCCUCCCAAUAUCCUAGUCACCAUAAAGUGAUUGCAGUCUUUGCACUGGCCCAGUGAGAUAUAAAAACCCCCACACUUAUUGGAUUACAUAAAAUAUCAGUAUUUUAUGAAAUGCAGUAUUUUGAAAUACACAGAGGUGAAGGCUUAAUUAUCAGUGUCAUUCAGAAAUAUCCACGGGCAUUCAAAUACAAGGCGAAAAUACUUUUUAAUCAUUUUGAUUAUAAUCUCUUUGAGCUUUUAAACCCGGGAGCUACUUUAUACUGUGCAGUAUCUUCUGGGGGAGGGAUGGUGUUUGUCUUACAUGUGAAUUAUUUCCUACUUCUUUGCUAGGGUAUCUGUAGCAGAUACAGCUGCCAUAGCCAGAGUUGAAAAUGUUUUGGGGCUCUUUCAUGUCAGAUUAAACAACAUUUUAAAGAUGCAGGAUGAGAUUCCUUGUUAACUCAUUUUGCUGAAUUGCUAUCAGCCACAUAUGGAAGAGUUUCUCUACUGAUUAUCUGAUUGGCAUAUAAGCUGGUGUACGGAAGUGACUGUUGACUGGCUUAGGCAAAAAAGAUAUUGGAGAUAAUAGAGAACAAAGUCUGUGGUAAGGAAAGUUAACAAAGUCAACACUUUGUUAGAAAGAGCGUCUAAGGUUUCAGAUGUCCAAAACUGUCAUGUAACAAAAAAGUAAACUAGUUUGAUGAGUAAGGUACUUAAAACAAUGCUAUUUUAGUUGAAUCUUAUUUUUUUGGCCAUUCAGCUCCUGUUGCGCUUUAUUUACACUGUACUCUUGUUAUAACGAACAUAUUGCAUUACUGGUUGAAAGAGAGCAGUGAUUCAUAUUCAUCUUUUGUUGCAGGAGAAUAUUGUACUGCCGAUGAAAUGUACAAAAGAUUUAUCUGAAUAUUAGAUUUACUUCACUGUUCACUCAAUUUGUUGUUUAUGUUGUUUUCUUUGAUGUAAGGCACCUAAUAAAUUAGGAACAUGCCAACUGCAAGGCCUUGUUGCUGCAUUUUGGAUUAGCUUUGUUCCUACAGGAGAACAUAAAAUCAAGAUUUGACAUGAUGAGUAUGAAGUAAAAGCUUUGGCUCGUAAGCUGGCUUUUCGGUACUAAAAAAGACAGACACCAUUUGUUAAAUAUUGUUUCUUCUGUAUUUGAUUUACUAAAGUUUAAAAUGUAAUUACGUUACCUUCUCUUUUCUUUCUGAAAGGAAAAGGGGAAACUUUAUUGUAUAAAUUUAGUAGAUCGGUACAAGAUUUUAUGGUAUGAGUGGCUGCUGUUCUGGUGGGGGAUAAAAUUCAGAUUCAGAAUAUAGGAGACAUGUGACUGUGUCUUAGUAUGUAGAGUAGCAGUCUCUUAGCACCAUGGUCCAGGAUUUGUUGUUACAACUCUGACAGUGUUGAUUAGUGAGACUGUUUUUCAACAGUGUCACUGUAACCACAAAAUCCACUAAGUUCUAGAUUUCCUUUAUUAGGGGGGAAAUCUAAUUGACUUAAUGUCUUUGUGAUUUCUAUUUUUAUUGUGUAAGCUGCUUUGAGACACCCUAGUGCAAAAAUGCAAUAAAUAAUAAAUACUGAAAAAGCA